AUGGAGAAGAUCAAAGAGAAAAUGAACCAGCUGCGCUUGGAGGCAGACAAUGCGGUCACUCGCGCUGAAGAAGCAGAAGGCAAGAACAAGAAAUAUGAUCAACUUAUCCUUGAAAAGGACCAGGAGAUUACUUCGAUGACCCACAAGAUCUCUGUUCUUGAGGCGGAACUUGACAAGGUAGAUGCGAAACUUGCGGAAGCCAAGGCUUCACAGGACGAGGGAGAAUCAUUGAGAAGCACGAAUGAGAACCUUACGAGAAAGAUUGCGUUACUGGAGGAGGAACUUGAUGCUGCUGAGAAGAACGUGAAAGAAACGAUGGAGAAGCUGCGGCAAGUGGACGUCAAGGCAGAACACUUCGAGCGCCAAGUUCAACGGAUCGAGCAAGAGCGUGAUCAAUGGGAGAAGAAGUUUGAGGAAAUGCAACAGAAGUACAAGCAGUCCCAAGCAGAACUGGACAACAUGGUCGCCAACAUGGAGUCACUGUGA